AUCUGUGAUCUGUCGUCAUACGCCAUCUCCCGAUAAUAUCCGACUGAAGGACGUGCCCGCACAUGACAUCGUGUGCGAGCCUCACCGUCUCACUGAAACUUCACGAUAACCUCAGUUCCUAUCCUGUAUCUUUCACACGCAGCUCCCGGCCUUGUUCGACAGACAUUUGUCUAUACUCAGUCUUGUCCCCAAAGCGCAAAUUGCUAUAUAACGACGGAAGACCUCAACACUGCCACGACAAUACAGCCUCGUUACCUGCAAUCGUCACGUGGCUCAAGCCUUGAGCGCAUUCAGCUCAGUGACGACCUCUCGCCUUGAAAUUCAGGAGCUCUACCAGGCAGUCGCAGGGCAGAAGUCGUUCCCAGCCACUGAGAUAGCUAAGGCUGGUCCUUUGACCUUAAAUCGCUUGAUUAUACGUCAAAGAUGGAUACCUUACUUACUGCUGAGAUAGCGGCCAAUGCUCCACGAUAUCGCCGCAAGAGCUCGACAUUCAUCGACGCCAUCCACGAUGUUCCCGAAGAUCAAGAUAUGGCUCCGGCACAGCUCUAUAGCACCAUGUCAGGGCGACUAUUCCACUCCGGUCGGAUAGCCAUCGUCAUGGUCGGGUUGCCAGCUCGAGGCAAGACACACAUUUGUGUGUCAAUGGCACGCUAUCUACAAUGGCUUGGCGUCAAGACUCGCAUUUUCCAUCUGGGCGACUACCGGAGAGCAACUGUAGGACCUGGUGGCACGGUGCCCGAAGACUACUUCUUCCCAAAUGCUUCGCCCCAGUCCAUCAUUCUCCGCCAAAAGAUCUUGAAGAAGUGCCGCGAGGAUAUCUACGCUUGGCUCAACCACGAGAACGGCCAGGUUGCCAUUUACGAUGCAGUCAACCCCAUAGCAAGUGGGAGGCGCUCUUUGGCCAAGGAGUUCGCCAAGCACGACGUCCAGACAUUGUUCAUUGAGUCAUUCGUCGACGACGAACGCAUCCUCUUGGAGAAUGCUCGCAAUGUCAAAAUCUCUUCUCCAGAUUUUGCGGGUAUGGAUCCCGAUAGGGCAGCAGAGCUCUAUUUGAAACGCAUAACAAUGAAGAUCCCCAUGUUUGAGACUAUGGAUGAGAAGGAGCUCAACUUCAUCAAGAUGAUCAACGCCGGCUCCAAGUUCUUCUACAACAACGUCAGCUUCAACUAUCUCUCGCAUCGCAUCGUCUUCUAUCUCACCAACCUUCAUAUCAAAGCGCGAACGACUUUCUUUGCUCGCGCCGGCACCACUACAGAAGAUGAGGAGUCUUACAAGUCGGACGCCCCGCUAUCAGAGCAAGGCAAGGCAUACGCUCGAAAGAUGGCAGAGACUCUCACCAAGCAUCGCGAACAAGAAGCCGCGGAGCAGGGGAAGCCUCUACGACCACUCUCGGUGUGGACAUCGACCCGGCGCAAGACCGUGCAGACGGCCGAGGUCUUUGGGGAGAAGGGAUACAAAAUUCGCCAACGCUCGCAGAUGAGUCAGAUCAACCCCGGCGCAUGCGAGAGGCUUUCGGAGAGGAUGAUUCGACAGAUCUACGCUGAGGAGGUUGAGAAACAUGAUCUGGACCCUUAUCACCACCGUUACCCACGUGCAGAGUCAUACCACGACCUUGCGGUCCGUUUAGAGCCCAUCAUUCUUGAGCUCGAGCGUGAGCAGAACGACCUCCUCAUCAUCGCUCACGAGUCGGUGCUGCGUGUGCUGUAUGCGUACUUGAUGCACUGCUCGACAAUGGACAUUCCAACCUUGAAGUUCCCGCGCGACGAAAUCAUCGAGAUUAUUCCUGCGGCAUAUCAAAACGAAGCCAAAAGAAUUCACAUCCCGGGGCUAGAGUCCUCGAUCGUGCCUGGAUCGCCAGACGACAUCAAGAUCCCCGUCACUGUACAAAGCAUACCGCCGAGCGGUCAAGCCAGCGGCGAAGCAAGUGGUGUCACGAGUGGUAUCACGAGUGGUCAAUUGAGCCCUAUUGCAGGUGGGCUAGGCAGUCCUGCUGAGCCAGCAACGGAACGCCCGCCGGAGAAGGUCAUCAACAAGGCGAAAGACAUGGUCGCGGACAAGGUGGAUGACGAGGACUGAACAACAAUGGCUCGUCCCGAAAGACACUAGAGGUGUUAUAGACUUUCUAGGCAAGACUUUGAUAAACCUUUCCAAUCCUAAGCUUUCGAAUUUUCGUUGAAUUAUCAAACAUUGAUGGACGGUAGCCUAUUUAAAAAGCAAUGCGACGACGCUUGGUCAUUCUUAGGACCAUGAUUGUGUUACUUUGCCCUGUGCGUGAUAGCCUGAUCACAAAACACCAGAUGACCUCGGAGAUCCUGGUCGCACAACGUUUGAGCUAUGACAGCAGCCGGCACCGUCCAAGGGACACGGCAGAUGAGUGCCUACAGCCUGGUCGCACAACGUGGGUCUUGGCAAAGCUAAGAAAGCCGACAGGUGCAGUAUCAGAUGCUGUGAAAGGGUACCUCGCUGGGUAUUUUGCGG